AUGGCAAGUUUAGGGUUUCGUACUCCUCAAUUCUCUGAGGAUUUCGCUUGGCUUCCUGCUUGGCUUCAACAUCCUCAACUACAAUCAUCAUCACCAGCAGCAGCUAGUCAAGAAUUCAAAGGUUUGGUUAGUAACGGAAAAGAUGUGGAGAUUUUGUCAAUUGAAGAAGAAGGUCGAAAUUAUUAUAAUAAUUGUCGUUUGUUCUUGUCUGGAGAAGAUACUAAGUCACAGCAUAGCAUCACCCCGGGGAAUGUGCUUAAUCUUUGCUUACGUCUUUCUUCGGAUAGUGAUUCACAGUAUAGCCAAAGCCAGCUUUUACGUAGGACUCAAAGAUUGGAUGAUUCUAGUAAAGCCCUGCCUUUGAAGCAAGUUGAAACUUCGGGUGGCCCAGGAGAGGCAUGUCAAUUGAAAAUGGAUCAUGACGGAGUUGGAGUAAUUUCACCCUUAACUUCUGCUGGAAUACCCAUGGAGAAUGCUGAUUCACAAUCUCCCACCAAUAAGGAUGGUUGGAGGCAGUACAAAGGGAAAAUAGGCCAAAAUGUCAGUUGUAGGAUGCAUUAUUCGCCUCUAAGUUCUGUUCCGACAACAGUGGAGAAUGCUGGUCCACAAUCUGCUACCAAUUAUGAGGACCGUGGAUGUCAGUAUGAGGAAACAAGCAACGCGAGACACAUAAAAAAUUCUGAUAUCAGUGAUGCAGUUGAACUAUCAAUUUCUGCAUCUGAAGCACUGGUUAUUCAUAAAUUCAUGAUGACUGGUUCAUCUUCAGAUGCUUUGGAAAAGCGAGCAAUUCUCGAAGCUGCACUGCAUGUUAAGCAAGCACGGGUGGCAGCCUCAGAAGAUGCCUUUGGCUGCCCAAGUGAUGAAGUUGAUGAGAUUGAUUGUCUCUCUGAUUUAGAUGAUUCAAUUAUGGAGGAUGCCUUCCUAGAUGUAGGGUUAUCUUUUAGUGCCUGUGAUGAUAAGCAUCUUCGUGAAUUAGACGUAUCUCAAGUUGAAGAUACUCCUGUGUUAGAAAAUCAUCGUCUGGACAAAGGAUCUGAACAUAUACAGCUACUGCUUCAGCAAAAAAAUGCUGAUGAUGAUUCGGAUUUGGGUUUGUACCCCUCUGACGGGAAAUGCCUUGGUGAUCACAUUUUACCUCAAGCAGCUGAGAAAUUUUCACAGGGUUCAUCAGUGGCAAAGAAGGAGACCAUAAGGUACAUUAUUCAAUUGCAGACAGAUUCAGGAGCCGAUGGUUGGGAGGUUGGGCACUGGAGGAAGGAAGGAGAUGAUUCUGCAAAGUUGAAGCAGAACAGCCCCAAAAGUAUCCCAACAUUUUUUGUUGGCAAGACAAGCUUUCUCUCUGAAUCUGCUGAUGUCACUCUGGAUGAGAACUCUUUUGUGCAGAAACAUGGAAUGAGGUCCAAUAUAAGUUCUCAGUCCAGCAAGAAAGGAGAUGCUUCUGCAAAGUUGAAGCAGAACAGCCCCAAAAUUAUCCCAAAGUUUUUUGUUUGCAAGACAAGCUCUCUUUCCGAAUCUGCUGACAUUGCCCCAGAUGAGAAGUCUUUUGUGCAGAAACAUGAAAUGAGGUCCAAUAUAGGUUCACAGUCCAGCAUACCCUUUGAAGCUUUACAUGGUAAAGCUGAUGACGGAAUUUUGAUUUCACAAGAGGUUGGAUCCUCUGAUUUAUCGUUGGUGGAUCCACUUUGUUCUAUCGUUCCUUGUAGUAUCUCUUUGGAAAAUACCGGUUCCCCAUUGGCUCGGAAUGAUAGAAAGGUUGAUGCUGAAAACUGCUUCAGCCCCAACACAGACAUUGGGAUGGAGAGUUUCCAGAAAACCUUACAUCAAAAAAUUGAGUGUGUCUAUAUGGACAGCCAAGCUGUAACAGUAAUUACAGGCAAAUGUUCUGACACACCACUUCGAAGGAAGGUAGCCUCACUUAGGACUUAUAGCACACUUUUGCCGAACUGUGAUGCCACCCUGGAGAUGGAAGGACCUUGCCAUAAUAGAUGGUGCUCAUCAGGACAUGUCAGAAAUCUGCAUUCCUCACAUCAGCAGAUGGGCUGCAUUAGGUCGUCUGAUCAGAGAAAUUCUAAAGGGGUCUUGCCAUUCAAGUCUGUGUUUGAGAGCACUGUUGGUAGAGAUAAUGAAGAAAAUCAGGACAUCACUAUUAUGAGGAAUCUAGUUGCUGAAACAACUGGUCAGAAGAGAAGUCAUGAUCAACCUACAAAGGACAGGGUUGAGAUGAAGGUUAAGCCUUCAGUACAGAGGAGGUCACCUCUUAUUCUAAACCGAAGGACACGCUGCCAUCCACAAACGUCUGAACUUUUUGCUCACAAUAUAAAUGGAGGAAAAAAUUCUGAACUGGCUGUGGCACAAGAAAAUAUAAUUAACCUUUGUCCGAGCAAAAAUGUUGGAAAGGUACAAUUGAAGUUGAAAAAUUCCGUUAGUGCUCUGAAUCCAGUUAGAAAGCGAGUUUGUUUCUCAGAAGUUGAAUUCAACCUUGAUCAGAACAAGGACAUUCGAAAGCAACAAACUUUACAUAGAAAUGGUCAAAUGAAGGAUGUAAAGAGAUUGAUAUUUCAUGGUCUAGAGUUCUUGCUCACAGGAUUUUCCCAUAAGAAGGAAAAAGAGAUUGUGAAACUAAUACAAAUAUAUGGUGGUAUGAUCCUACUGGAUAUUCCAUCAGCUCCAAAUUCAAGAUCAAAGCAAGUUUCAAGAUCUAAUCUACACGACCUUCCUGUUGUUAUAUGUUCAAAGAAGCUACAAACCACCAAGUUCUUGUAUGGAUGUGCUGUGAAUGCCCUCAUUCUAAAAUUAAAGUGGCUUACCGAUUCAGUUGCAGCAGGUUCUGUUGUAUCUCCUGACAAAUACAUGAUCAUAUCAAAUCAGGCUUAUCUGAAGUGUACAAGAAUAGGUAAGUCAGUUCGUUGCGAUCAUCAGAAACGUAUUUUUGAUAGAGUGGGUAUUGUGCUUCAUGGGAAGCACAGAUUUUGCUCCAAGUUGACAUCAAUAGUGAAGCAUGCAAGUGGACAGGUGUUCAAAACCCUUCAAAGUUUAGUGGAGAGUCUUGACUCUGAAAAGAUAUCCAUGGGAGCUAUUGUCGCUGAGAAUGAGAAUUGGGCAUUACGUCACCUCAGACACUGUGCUUCAGAGAGGAAAAUACCCAUGAUGCCAGCUAGUUGGAUUGCAAAGAGCUUGCAUUUAGGUAAGCUUCUUCCUUUCGGAGAGGAAGAGAAUACUCCUUCAGCCAUUGAGGUGCCAAAAUGCACGACUUUUAUGGAUUGGAGUCAAGAGAUUUGA